AUGGCUAUGUUGGCCAAUAAAGUUGACCCACUGUCGUCAAUAUGGAAUGUGUUUCUGUCCCUUAAGGUCGUCAUGGGUCCUCCCAUCUAUCUCUCUUUAGGUAUGGCCAGGCUCCUCCCAUCAAUCUCUUCAAGUGCGACCCUCUUCCUCCCAUCAAUCUCUUCAAUACACCCGCUUCCUCCCAUUAAUCUCUCCAAGUACGACCCUCUUCCUCCCAUCAAUCUCUCCAAGUACGACCCUCUUCCUCCCAUCAAUCUCUUCAAGUACGACCCUCUUCCUGAUCCCCAACCUCUCCAAGUACGACCCGCUUCCCCUCCCCAUCCAAUCUCCAAGUAUGACCCGCUUCCUCCCAUUAAUCUCUUCAAGUACGACCCUCUUCCUCCCAUCAAUCUCUCCAAGUACGACCCGCUUCCUCCCAUCAAUCUCUCCAAGUACGACCCGCUUCCUCCCAUUAAUCUCUUCAAGUACGACCCGCUUCCUCCCAUCAAUCUCUCCAAGUACGACCCUCUUCCUCCCAUCAAUCUCUCCAAGUACGACCCGCUUCCUCACAUUAAUCUCUUCAAGUACGACCCUCUUCCUCCCAUCAAUCUCUCCAAGUACGACCCGCUUCCUCCCAUUAAUCUCUUCAAGUACGACCCGCUUCCUCCCAUUAAUCUCUCCAAGUACGACCCGCUUCCUCCCAUUAAUCUCUUCAGGUACGACCCUCUUCCUCCCAUCAAUCUCUCCAAGUACGACCCGCUUCCUCCCAUUAAUCUCUUCAAGUACGACCCUCUUCCUCCCAUCAAUCUCUUCAAGUACGACCCUCUUCCUCCCAUCAAUCUCUUCAAGUACGACCCGCUUCCUCCCAUUAAUCUCUUCAAGUACGACUCUCUUCCUCCCAUCAAUCUCUCCAAGUACGACCCUCUUCCUCCCAUCAAUCUCUCCAAGUACGACCAUCUUUCUCCCAUCAAUAUCUCCAAGUACGACCCUCUUUCUCCCAUCAAUCUCUCCAAGUAUGACCCUCUUCCUCCCAUCAAUCUCUCCAAGUACGACCCUCUUUCUCCCAUCAAUCUCUCCAAGUAUGACCCGCUUCCUCCCAUCAAUCUCUCCAAGUACGACCCUCUUUCUCCCAUCAAUCUCUCCAAGUAUGGACCCUUUUCCUCCAUCAAUCUCCCAAGUAUGACUCUUCCAACAAUCUUCUCCAAGUAUGACCCUCUUCCUCCCAUCAAUCUCUCCAAGUAUGACCCUCUUCCUCCCAUCAAUCUCUCCAAGUACGACCCUCUUCCUCCCAUCAAUCUCUCCAAGUACGACCCUCUUCCUCCCAUCAAUCUCUCCAAGUACGACCCUCUUCCUCCCAUCAAUCUCUCCAAGUACGACCCUCUUCCUCCCAUCAAUCUCUCCAAUUAUGACCCUCUUCCUCCCAUCAAUCUCUCCAAGUAUGACCCGCUUCCUCCCAUUAAUCUCUCCAAGUACGACCCUCUUCCUUCCAUCAAUCUCUUCAAGUACGACCCGCUUCUUCCCAUCAAUCUCUUCAAGUACGACCCGCUUCUUCCCAUCAAUCUCUUCAAGUACGACCCGUUUCCUCCCAUUAAUCUCUCCAAGUACGACCCGCUUCCUCCCCUCAAUCUAUCCAAGUACGACCUGCCUUCUCCCAUCAGUCUCCAAGUACGACGAGUUUCCUCCCAUCAAUCUCUUCAAGUACGACCUGCCUCCUCCCAUCAACUCUUAGAUUAUGCUAAUGUCGUGUCUAGUACCUUUCGUUCUUUGUAA